AUGAAGUUUUCACAUUCUUUGAAGUUUAAUUCUGUCCCUGAAUGGGCUUCUAAAUAUAUUGCUUAUUCUCAUUUGAAAAAAAUAAUUUAUACUCUACAGAGGGAAAAACUGUAUAAUAAUAAACUUCCUAUAACUACUUUCAUAACACAAAAUGGAAACAUCACUCAUGUAGACACUGAAUCUACACCUUUAUUAGCUACCUCAUCAUCGUCUAAUAAGAAGGAUUCUGUCGAUGUUGAUGUUUUAAAUUCAGAAGAUCCCUAUGUGAACCAGUUCAUUCAAGCUUUAAAUCAUGAGUUGUUCAAAAUUGAAAAAUUUUAUAAUUCUCAAGAAACCGGAUUACUAGCAAAUUAUAAUGAACUAAAAGAUGACAUCACUGAAUUUAAUACUAAUUUACAAAAAAAUAGAACUCCUUCUUUUACUGAUAUAUCACCUAACAUAUCUUCUAUUUCACAUAAUGACAAUCGUAAUAAUAAUAUUAAUAAUAUUAAUAUAAACGAUAACAUCGAAGCUGAAGAUUCAGAAAGUGUUAAUUCUCGUGGAUCUUUAUCUUUAGAAUCAAUACCAAUUCAAGAACAAUUAUCCCGUAUUUCCUGGGCUAAUUUGUUUCACCCAUGGGCACAAGAUGCUGAUUUUGAUAAUAUUAAUAAUGCUGGUGAUACUUUAUCUCCAUUGGCUCAAUACAAAUUGUCAUUACGUAAACGGUUAAUUGCUAUGUUUACACAAUUAUCUGAAUUAAAGGAUUAUAUAGAUUUGAAUCAUACUGGGUUUUCUAAGAUUUGUAAGAAAUUUGAUAAAUCCUUGGAUACAAAAUUAAGAAGCCAAUAUUUGAAAUAUAUUGAAUCACAAUCUCAUGUUUUUGACUCUGUAACAUUGAAGAAGUUGAACCAAAUCAUUAAUGAAACUGUAGUGGAAUAUGCUAAGUUAUCUCAAAAUAUCAAUAUUUCUGAUUCAAACGAUGAGUUAAUUAAUUAUGAUGAGGCUUUAGAUGAAUUAUCAUCCCAUUUAAGGGAUCAUAUUGCAUGGGAAAGAAAUACAGUUUGGAAAGACAUGAUGAAUAUUGAAAGGCUAUCUAAUAAUGCAAAGAGACAAGACUUAAUCGAAAAUCAAACAUCUUCUUUAGAAAAGCCUUUACAGCAAGUUCGUCAUUGGGAUACUUUGCCACAAGGUUUAUGGCUAUUAUUGAGAACGCCAUCAAUUAUUAAAUUUAUCGUUAUCUCAGUGAUAUUCGGAUUGUUACUCUUUUCUGGUGCAUUUACCUUUUUCAAUGAUCCCUUGGAACAAAAUUGUUUUGCUAUAUUAGUCUAUGCUUCAUUAUUAUGGGCCACUGAAACUUUGCCACUUUUUGUUACUUCAUUAUUUAUCCCCUUUCUAAUUGUAAUUAUCCCAGUAUUAAAGGAUCCAAUGGAUGGGGUUACACCUUUAAGUCCUCCUGAAUCUUCUAAGUUGAUUUUAUCUACAAUGUGGUCAAGUGUAAUUAUGUUGCUGUUAGGUGGGUUUACCUUAGCAGCAGCUUUAUCUAAAUAUAAUAUUGCUAAGAUUUUAUCAAGUUAUAUUCUGGCUUCUGCAGGUACCAACCCAGCAAUCGUUUUAUUGAUAAAUAUGUUUGUGGCUUUGUUUGUCUCCAUGUGGGUCUCAAAUGUAGCAUCACCAGUUUUAUGCUAUUCAAUGAUCCAACCUAUCUUAAGAACAUUACCUUCAUCCUGUGGAUAUUCAAAAGCUUUGAUUUUAGGGAUUGCAUUAGCUUCUAAUGUUGGUGGAAUGGCAUCCCCAAUUGCAUCCCCACAAAAUAUUUUUGCAUUUGGUAGUAUGGAACCUAAUCCUUCUUGGGGUGAGUGGUUUAUUGUCUCUAUCCCAGUUAGUGUUCUUUGUAUUUUAACUAUAUGGAUCUUGCUUAUUGUUACGUUUCCUCCAGAUAAGAAAGUCAAAAUAUUACAAUUACAUCCAUCAAAAGAUUCAUUUACCGCCACUCAAUGGUUUGUGACAAUAACUUCCAUAUUUACUAUUUUUCUGUGGUGUCUAUCGAACCAGCUGGCUGGUGUAUUUGGUGAAAUGGGGAUAAUUUCAAUUAUUCCAAUUUUACUAUUUUUUGGUACUGGUAUACUAUCAACAGAAGAUUUUAAUAAUUUUAUGUGGACUAUUGUGAUUUUGGCUAUGGGUGGGUCCACUUUGGGUAAGGCAGUUAGCAACUGUGGUCUAUUAUACACAAUUGCAGAAUAUAUCAAGUCCCAUAUAGAGGGAAAAGCACUGUUUUCAAUAGUGUUAAUUUUUGGUGCUGGUAUUAUUACAAUAGCUACAUUUGUUUCUCAUACUGUAGCAGCAAUGAUUUUGGUUCCUCUAAUGGGAGAAAUUGGACAACAGUUACCAGAAGAUCAUUCACGUCUUUUAAUUAUGAUUACAGCCUUGUUGAGUUCUGCAGCAAUGGGAUUACCAACAAGUGGGUUUCCAAAUGUUACUGCUAUAUCAAUGACUGAUGAAGUAGGAGUUAGGUAUUUAAAUGUUGGUAAUUUCAUUAGUCGUGGGGUACCUGCAAGUUUAUUUUGUUAUAUGAUCGUUGUAACUCUGGGAUAUUUGUUAUUACGGUUAAUAUUAUUUUGA